UUUUUUUUUUUUUGGACUUUCACUGAUCUUUUACUGUGGGCAACAUGAAUAAAAUGGGAAUGAUAUCUAUGCGUCUCAUUGCUGGACUUGUUGCUCAACGGAAUGCGCUGUGCCUGCGGUCAUGGCGGUCCUUCUCUGGGAUGACCAUCUCACAGAUUGAUGAGGAGGUCUCCAAGCUCCUGCAGCUCAAGGCACAGCUGGGAGGAGAUGAAGACAAACAUACCUUUGUGCUCAAGACAGCCAAGGGCACCAGAGACUAUAAUCCCAAGCAGAUGGCCAUUAGGGAGAAAGUCUUUGACACCAUUAUCAGAUGCUUUAAACGCCAUGGAGCUGAGACUAUUGACACACCUGUGUUCGAGCUGAAGGAAACAUUGACAGGGAAAUAUGGUGAAGACUCCAAACUCAUCUAUGACCUGAAGGACCAAGGUGGGGAGCUGCUGUCACUGCGUUACGACCUCACUGUUCCCUUUGCACGCUACCUGGCCAUGAACAAGAUCACCAACAUUAAGCGAUACCACAUUGCAAAAGUGUACCGACGAGACAAUCCGGCAAUGACUCGGGGUCGCUACAGGGAGUUCUAUCAGUGUGAUUUUGACAUUGCGGGGCAGUAUGACCCAAUGAUUCCUGAUGCCGAGUGUUUGAAGAUAGUCCACGAGAUCCUGAGUGAGCUGGACCUCGGAGACUUCCGCAUCAAGGUCAAUGACAGACGCAUCCUCGAUGGAAUGUUUGAAGUAUGCGGUGUUCCUGACGACAAGUUUCGUACCAUCUGCUCAACGGUGGACAAACUGGACAAGAUGUCAUGGGAGGAUGUAAAAAACGAGAUGGUGAAUGAGAAAGGACUUGCUUCCGAGGUCGCAGACCAGAUUGGGGAGUACGUCAGCAUGCAGGGAGGGAAGGACAUGGCUGAGAAGCUGCUGCAGGACCCCAAGCUGUCCCAGAGCAAGCAGGCAUGUGCUGGGCUUGCCGAUAUGAAGCUGCUCUUCAGCUACCUGGAACUGUUCAAUGUGACAGACAAGGUGGUGUUUGACCUCAGCCUGGCUCGCGGUCUGGACUAUUACACAGGAGUGAUCUGCGAGGCAGUGUUGACCCAAACCACCUCAGCGCCGGCCACCCAGGAGCGCAACGGGCCUGCCGGAGAGGAGGGCGUCAGCGUGGGCAGUGUGGCCGGGGGUGGCCGCUAUGAUGGCCUGGUGGGCAUGUUUGACCUGAAGGGCCGCAAGGUUCCCUGCAUUGGCGUUAGCAUCGGGAUCGAGCGGGUCUUUUCCAUCAUGGAGCAGAAAGCAGAGGCUCAGGCCGAAAAGAUCCGCACCACGGAGACGCAGGUGCUGGUGGCCUCUGCGCAGAAGAACCUCCUGGAGGAGCGGCUGAAGUUGACCGCAGAGCUGUGGGAUGCUGGGAUCAAGGCUGAGGUGCUGUACAAGAAGAACCCCAAGCUCCUGAGCCAGCUGCAGCACUGUGAGGAGACUGGGAUCCCCCUGGUAGCCAUCCUCGGCGAGCAAGAGAUCAAGGAUGGAGUGGUGAAGCUGCGGACUGUGGCCACUCGAGAGGAGGUCGACGUGUCACGAGCUGAGUUGGUGGAAGAAGUAAAGAAGCGGUGUCAACAGUUAUAGACUCUGAAUCUGCCUUACUGGUGAGCUGACCUGGGCAAUUAAAAGGAAGUUCUCCAUUUCUCAGCAUCCGGAAUCAUGGCGCAUCCAUCUACCUGUAUGUCGGGCCUGUCAAAGUCUGUAUGCUCUUAGUAAAGGGAACCGGAUCCCCAAAACUUUCCAUUCCGGCUGAAAUGUACUUUCACAGCUCACCAACCGUCCACAAGCUCACUUGUGCAGUUCAUCCAACAAAUAAAAUUUUGUGUCUCAUUAA